CUAUCCCAGAAGUUGAUUCGUGAAGGUUAUAAAUAUGUUGAUAGACUUUCAGAUUAUUUAGAAGAUAUUGGGACUAUGUAUGUCAGAGAAUUUGAAUUAGAUCUCCUAGCCGACUUCUACUAUCCAGCCUUAAUUCCGCCUUUAUCUGUCUUAGCAAUUAGAGCAGAUAUUCGUGAAAAAUUUAUUAUUAGUGUGGAGUCUGCUGUUAUGGGAGGAAUGAGUCUAUUUACUCUAGAAAAAAAUAAACGAUCUUCGCUCCAGAAUCUAAUCCAAAUGAACUAUUCCAUUGAUAACUUGACUACGUUAAUAGAAAUAACUUGGGAGCAAGAAGAGAUGAAAACUUGA